AUGAUAGUAUGGAUAUAUAUUUUUUUACUCUUUCAGACAAUAUAUAGAAUUGGUGGAGAAAAAUAUAAUAUAAAUGAAGGAGAAUUGGAGAAAAAAUUUGGAUAUAAGGUUAAAUUAAGACAUAGUAAAACUAACUUCUUUUAUUUUCCACCAAUCACAGAGUUAAGUAAUAAGAAUUUAAAAAUUCCAGAUAUUGCAUUUAAAGAAUUUUAUGAUAAAUUAAGAGAUUAUAAUUCCACUAAGUUACAACCUAAGGAAUAUUAUCUAAAUAUUGUAGAUUCAAUGGUUAAAUGGUCUCAAUAUUUAAAACAUAAUGGAAUAGGACUUUCUAUUAAUUCAAAAAUUGAAAAUCUAGUAGUUGUAAUUCAUCCACUGGGAGAUUCUAGUUUAUUUGGUCUACUUUUGGCUCUUGAUAUUAUUAAUAUGAAUAUUCCGGUGUUAGUUUAUGAUCUAAUAGGACAUGGUCAGAGUAGUAUAAAUGUAAAUGUUGGCCAUAAGAAAUUUCAAAUUUUAGAUUUUUGUGCACAGUUAUGGGAUAUCUUAACCUAUAUUGGAUGGUUCAAGGAGACAGAAGAAGAUGGUAUUUAUACAAUAUAUAUUCCUAAUAAAAAGGAAAAACGUUUAAUACUUUAUGGUCAUUCAUUAGGUGGCUUUUUAUCUGUAGCUUGUUCAUCAUUAUUUUCUAAAAGGGUUUAUUCAGUUGUCAUAAGUUCACCAGCUGGACUAAUUGGAGAUCCUGAUCUCAAACAUAAAACUCUGCUAAGAUACUCUAAAACCUUGGAUUCUAUGCCAAAAACUUUAAAAUAUAUUAUAUUUAGAACUAUAUCUUGUAUGAUAUCUGAAGAUUACAAAAGGAUGACAACUUGUUCAAAUAUAGUAAAUAGAAUACCAUUAUUUUAUGGUAAUAAAUAUUAUGAAUUAUUGAGUAAAAGUGAUGUGAAUAUUCAAUUUUAUUGGGAUAAUAAUGAUAAUAUAACACCUUUGUAUAGGGCAAUAAAUGCUUUAAACAAAUAUUUUCCGGAUAAAAUAUUAUGCUUAUAUAAUUCUAAUUAUCAUGGUGGCUAUAUAGGUAAUAGAGAUUAUUCCGAAGAUCUCCAUACAUUCAUUGAUAGAUUAACUAGAAUGAAUUACGAAACUUCAGAUGGAACGCACAAAGCUCCUGAAGUGAGUGAAAGGUGCAAACCUAUUACUUCAGUUAUUGGCAAUAUUAAAUAUUAA